CCACCUGGAGCGCGACGGGGGGCAGUAUGGGGGCCAUACGGACCGGGACCGGCCUUACCCCCCCCACCUGGACCGGGACGGUCCCUACGAAUCCGUAACGGAGCGGGACAGACCCUACCCCGGCCGUAAGGACCGCGACAGACCCUACCAGCCCCAUAUGGACCGCGACGGGGGGCAGUAUACGAGCCAUAUGGAGCGGGACGGGGGGCAAUACGCCGGCCAUAUGGACCGGGAGGGACCCUAUACCAGCCGUAUGGACCGGGAAGGGCAAUACCACGGCUGCUUGGAGCGGGAUCUCCAGUACCAGCCCCAUAUGGACCGGGAGGGACCUUAUACGAGCCGUAUGGAGAGAGAAGGACCUUACGGCGGCCAUACGGACCGGGAAGGGCCUUACGGAGGGGGACGUAUGGAAAGGGAAGGGCCUUACGCCGGCCGCGUGGAGCAAGAUGGGCAAUACGCGAGCCAUACAGACCGCGACGGGGGAUAUCCCAACCGUAUGGAACGGGAAGGGCAAUAUACGGACCGGGAUGGACAGUAUCCCAGCCGUAUAGAACGGGAAGGGCAAUAUAUGGACCGGGAUGGACAGUAUUCCAGCCGUAUGGAGCGGGAAGGGCAAUAUACGGAGCGAGAAGGGCAAUAUUCCAGCCGUAUGGAGCGGGAAGGGCAAUACGCGGAGCGGGACGGACAGUAUCCAGGCCAUAUGGACCGGGAAGGACCCUAUACGAGCCGUAUGGAACGGGAGGGGCCUUUCCAGAGCCCCGGGGAGUAUCGGAGCCGGGAGGGGGCGUGUGACCUUGCACGUGGGCGUGCAAGGGCCGUGCGAGGCCGUGCCGGGGUGUGCAACCUUCAGCAGGGGUGUGCAACGCUGUGCGAGGGUGCGUGUGACGUCGUGCGAGGCCCUGCCGGGGCGUGUGACCUUGCACGUGGGCGUGAGGAGGAGGAGGAGAGCAAGAGGCCGAAGACUCUGAGCGACAGCUACGAGCUCUCCACUGACCUGCAGGACAAGAAGGUCACCCUCCAACCAGGACGAGCCCCGCAGAGGUGGGAGGUGACCCCUAAAUCCCACCCCUCUGACCUUGGUAGGAAACCGGAGAAGGGGAUCCAGUACCUGAUCGAGAGGGGGUUCCUCUCGGACACCCCGGUGGGGGUGGCCCACUUCAUCCUGGAGAGGAAGGGCUUGAGCCGGCAGAUGAUCGGCGAGUUCCUGGGCAACCGCCAGAAGCAGUUCAACCGCGACGUUCUCGAUUGCGUGGUGGACGAGAUGGACUUCUCUGGGAUGGAGCUGGACGAGGCCUUGAGGAAGUUCCAGUCUCACAUUCGGGUUCAAGGGGAGGCCCAGAAGGUCGAGCGCUUGAUCGAGGCCUUCAGCCAACGCUACUGCGUGUGUAACGCGGCCCUGCUGCGCCAGUUCCGCAACCCCGACACCAUCUUCAUCCUGGCCUUCGCCAUCAUCCUCCUCAACACCGACAUGUACAGCCCCAGCGUCAAGGCCGAGCGCAAGAUGAAGCUGGAGGACUUCAUCAAGAACCUCCGUGGGGUGGACAACGGGGAGGACAUCCCCCGGGAGAUGCUGGUGGGCAUCUACCAGCGCAUCCAGAACCGGGAGCUGCGAACCAACGACGACCACGUCUCCCAGGUCCAGGCCGUGGAGCGCAUGAUCGUCGGCAAGAAGCCGGUCCUCUCCCUGCCCCACCGGCGCCUGGUCUGCUGCUGCCAACUCUACGAGGUGCCUGACCCCAACCGCCCCCAACGCCUGGGACUGCACCAGCGCGAGGUCUUCCUCUUCAACGACCUGCUGGUGGUGACGAAGAUCUUCCAGAAGAAGAAGAUCCUGGUGACCUACAGCUUCCGCCAGAGCUUCCCCCUCGUGGAGAUGCACAUGCAGCUCUUCCAGAACGCCUAUUACCAGUUUGGGAUCAAGCUGCUCCGCGGAGGCGAAGAUCCUUCCGCCGCGAGGGGAGGGGGGGCGGAGCCUGCGGACUAUUUUUUUUUCUCCCAUCGCUCCUCUCGCCGCGCCGCGCGGGCCGGGGAGGUGAAGCGGGUGUCCCCCGCCUUCGUCUCCUUUCACCUCUUCGCCGCUGUUUGCGGCGGCGCGGCCGCCCUCUUCGCCUUCCUUGUCGACAACUUCCGAUUCACCCCCCGCAUCCAGCGCCUGAACGAGCUGGAGGCGCAGACCCGCGUGAAGCUGAACUACCUGGACCAGAUCGCCAAAUUUUGGGAAAUCCAAGGUUCUUCCCUCAAAAUCCCCAACGUCGAGCGGCGCAUCCUGGACCUGUACAGCCUCAGCAAGGUGGUGAUGGAGGAAGGGGGUUACGAAGCCAUCUGUAAGGACCGGCGUUGGGCGCGGGUGGCCCAGAGGUUGGCUUAUCCCUCGGGGAAGAACAUCGGCUCGUUACUGCGGGCUCAUUACGAGCGCAUCAUUUACCCCUACGAGAUGUACCAGUCGGGGGCCAACCUGGCGCAGUGUAACCCGCGGCCUUUCGAGAGCGAGGAGAAGGACCGGGAGUACAAGCCCCACAGCAUCCCCCUCCGACAGUCCCUCCAGCCCCCCAAGUUCAACACCUACGGCCGACGGGCCAAGCGCCUGCAGCAAGAGCCCAGUUUUUUGUGGGUGGAAGUCGACAACUUCCGAUUCACCCCCCGCAUCCAGCGCCUGAACGAGCUGGAGGCGCAGACCCGCGUGAAGCUGAACUACCUGGACCAGAUCGCCAAAUUUUGGGAAAUCCAAGGUUCUUCCCUCAAAAUCCCCAACGUCGAGCGGCGCAUCCUGGACCUGUACAGCCUCAGCAAGGUGGUGAUGGAGGAAGGGGGUUACGAAGCCAUCUGUAAGGACCGGCGUUGGGCGCGGGUGGCCCAGAGGUUGGCUUAUCCCUCGGGGAAGAACAUCGGCUCGUUACUGCGGGCUCAUUACGAGCGCAUCAUUUACCCCUACGAGAUGUACCAGUCGGGGGCCAACCUGGCGCAGUGUAACCCGCGGCCUUUCGAGAGCGAGGAGAAGGACCGGGAGUACAAGCCCCACAGCAUCCCCCUCCGACAGUCCCUCCAGCCCCCCAAGUUCAACACCUACGGCCGACGGGCCAAGCGCCUGCAGCAAGAGCCGGAGCCCACGGAGGAGGACAUUGAGAAGAACCCGGAGCUGAAGAAGCUGCAGAUCUAUGGGGCUGGCCCCAAAAUGCUGGGGCUGGGGCUGGUGGCCAAGGACAAGGCUCUGCGCAAGAAGGAUAAAGAUGGCCCCGAGUGCCCCCCCACGGUGGUGGUGAAGGAGGAGCCCCCGCCCCCCGAGGUCAAGCCGCCCCCCACGUCCCCCCCCUGGUACGCGGAGGGCAAAGAGGAGCUUCGCCACAGCCCCGAGCCCUGCACCAAAAUGACCAUGCGCCUGCGCCGCAGCCACAGCAACAGCCAAUUCGUGGAUUCCUACGUCUGCCGCAUCUGCUCGCGGGGGGACGAGGACGACAAGCUGCUGCUCUGCGACGGCUGCGAUGACAACUAUCACAUCUUCUGCCUCCUGCCCCCCCUGCCUGAGAUCCCCAAAGGCGUCUGGCGCUGCCCCAAAUGCGUCAUGGCGAAACCCUCAUCUGUGGGGCUGGGGACUCUUCAUGUCACGUCUAUGGAGCCCCACAGCCCCGAGCCCUGCACCAAAAUGACCAUGCGCCUGCGCCGCAGCCACAGCAACAGCCAAUUCGUGGAUUCCUACGUCUGCCGCAUCUGCUCGCGGGGGGACGAGGACGACAAGCUGCUGCUCUGCGACGGCUGCGAUGACAACUAUCACAUCUUCUGCCUCCUGCCCCCCCUGCCUGAGAUCCCCAAAGGCGUCUGGCGCUGCCCCAAAUGCGUCAUGGCGGAAUGCAAACGCCCCCCGGAAGCUUUUGGCUUCGAGCAGGCCACACGGGAGUACACCCUGCAGAGCUUCGGGGAGAUGGCCGACUCCUUCAAAGCUGAUUAUUUCAACAUGCCCGUCCACAUGGUGCCCACGGAGCUGGUGGAGAAGGAGUUCUGGCGGCUGGUGAACAGCAUCGAGGAGGACGUGACGGUGGAGUACGGGGCCGACAUCCACUCCAAGGAGUUCGGCAGCGGCUUCCCCAUCAGCGACGGCAAAAGGAAGCUCUCCCCGGAGGAGGAGGAAUACGCGGGCAGCGGCUGGAACCUGAACGUGAUGCCGGUGCUGAAGCAGUCGGUGCUUUGUCACAUCAACGCCGACAUCUCGGGGAUGAAGGUGCCCUGGCUCUACGUGGGGAUGGUCUUCUCCGCCUUCUGCUGGCACAUCGAGGACCACUGGAGCUACUCCAUCAACUACCUCCACUGGGGUGAGCCCAAGACGUGGUACGGGGUGCCCUCCUUCGCGGCCGAGCACCUGGAGGAGGUGAUGAAGAAGCUGACGCCGGAGCUGUUUGAGAGCCAGCCCGACCUGCUGCACCAGCUGGUCACCCUCAUGAACCCCAACACCCUCAUGGCCCACGGCGUCCCCGUGGUGCGGACCAACCAGUGCGCGGGGGAGUUCGUCAUCACCUUCCCCAGGGCCUAUCACAGCGGCUUUAACCAGGGAUACAACUUCGCCGAGGCCGUUAAUUUCUGCACCGCUGAUUGGCUGCCGGCGGGCCGUCAGUGCAUCGAGCAUUACCGGCGGCUGCGGCGUUACUGCGUCUUCUCCCACGAGGAGCUGAUCUGCAAGAUGGCCGCCAGCCCCGAGAAGCUGGACCUCAACCUGGCGGCCGCCGUCCACAAGGAGAUGUUCGUCCUGGUGCAGGAGGAGCGCAAGCUCCGCAAGGCCCUGCUGGAGAAGAACGGGGACCACUACCCCUGCCUGGACGACCUGGAGGGGCUGGUGGCCGUGGGCCGGGACCUGCCGGUGCGGCUGGAGGAGCUGCGGCAGCUGGAGCUGCAGGUCGGGACCGCGCACUCCUGGAGGGACAAGGCCUCCCGCACCUUCCUCAAGAAAAACUCCUGCUACACCCUCCUGGAGGUGCUGUGUCCUUGCGCUGACGCCGGCUCCGGGAGCAGCAAGAGGCUGAAGUGGCGGCAGGAGCCGGGGCUUUAUAAACUGGACACCGAGAGCCUGGGGCUGUCGGCGCAGGACCUGCGCGACCCCGGCGCCGUGGUGAGCUACGCUUCUCCUUGA